AGACCGAUACGGAUAUCGAUACUUAAAUCCAAAACAGUGCGAAAAAAAAAAAAAACUAAAACCCUGAGGCCCGAGUCCAGGAUUCUAAUCCCUUAAACCCCUUCCCCUGUUCCAUUUUUUGCAAACGAGGCAAAAUGUCUUCUUUCACUCGCCUUCUCUAUCGGAGCUUCUGUACUUCACCUACCAUUACUAGCCCUUCUGCAUCUUCUUCUUCGCCUUCUCUCAACACCCUCCUUCAAGGCAUCGUCAAGGAACGGAGUUUCAAAAAACUUGUCGAGAAGUUCAAAAAAUGCUCCGAAGAACACCGAUUCCGCUGCAGGCCUCGCGUCUACGAGAUCACUGUUCGUCGACUUGCCGAUGCGAAAAAGUUCCACUACAUCGAAGAGAUCCUCGAAGAACAGAAGAAGUACAAUGACAUCUCUAAAGAAGGCUUCGCUGUUCGUCUCAUCUCUUUAUAUGGGAAAUCAGGUAUGUUUGAUCAUGCCUCCAAGACGUUCGAUCAAAUGCCUGAACUGAAAUGCCCACGUACUGUUAUGUCUUUCAAUGCCCUUCUCACUGCUUGCGUCGAUUCCAAGAACUUCUUGAAGGCCGAUAGGUAUUUUCGUGUGCUUCCGCCGAGCUUGUCUGUUAUCCCAAAUCGUUUCACUUACAAUAUCAUGAUUCGUGCUUUCUGUGAGAUGGGUCAGUUCGAUUUUGCGAUUAGAAUGCUAGAUGAGAUGGAGAGGAACGAGGUGGAGCCAGAUAUGAUUACUUUUAAUACGCUCUUGAAAGCGUUAUAUGAACAUGAUAGAUUUUCUGAUGGAGAGAAGAUUUGGGCUAAAAUGGAGAACACCAAUUGCACUCCUGAUAAUAGAAGUUUUAAUGCGAAGUUGGAGGGACUGGUUCGUGGAGGAAAGACACAGGAGGCGGUUGAGCUAGUUAAGGAAUUAAGGACCAGGGGAUUGAAACCUGAUAUUUUUAGUUUUAAUUCUUUGAUUAAAGGGUUUUGCAAUGAGGGAAAUAUAGAGGAUGCUAUGAGGAUUUAUGAUGAUUUAGCCAAAGAAGACUGCGUCUCAAAUCGAAUGACCAUUCAGACAAUCGUACCUUGCCUUUGUAAGAAGGGGGACUUUGAUCUGGCUUUUAAACUUUGCCAGGAUAGUCUCAACCGUCAUUGCUUGCUGGAUGCAAGGCUCUUGCAAGUUGUAGUGGAUGGAUUGGUCAAGAAGUCAAAGCUUGACGAAGCAAAAGAGUUGGUGAAUCUUGGGAGGGAUAGAAAAUAUAGCCGCUCUUUCUUGAAACUCCCUACUGGUGCAGAAGAUGCGAAACUCCCUACUGGUGCAGAAGAUGCGCUCUUUCUUGAAACAGCCGCUCUUUCUUGAAACUACCUACUGGUGAAUCAAUAAUAGCUUAUUGAUUCAUGUCUGAUUUUUGACUAAUGUGGCAUUGAUGGCAAUGCUGCAACUUGCACAGGUCUGUUACCCGGGUGUGAUCAACUUCAGUGUCAUUGUAAAUUUAGAUUACUAGACCCAUCAACUAUUUUUGUUUGAUUGGCUUC